AUGGAAGCGGCGGCGCACUGUGUGGGUCUUGUUCCUUGUCUGACCAGAAAAGCUACCUUUUCCCUUCCUCGAGGCUGCGCAAAAAAUGCCUUAAACCCUAGUUCCGCUUUCAUUCGGUUUGAUUCCCGCACUGCGAAGAGAGUCCUUCCAGCUCCUGUGGCUAUAUCCGCGUUGGAUGAGGGGAAGUCGUCUGGUUUGGCAAGUUUUCCUUGGACUUCUGCUUUGCCAUUGAAUAAGGCUGUUACCAGUUGUUUUGCUCAGGGAAUGGAUCAGGAUAUUGUUACAGCUGAUUCGACCCUUGACGGCGGUUCUGGAGGAGGAGAGACUACUAAAAUGCAGCCAGAUUUAUCACCAAAACGUACCAUUGAGUACGAAUUUGAGACAACAAUGCUCAUUAUUGAUAUGGAGGAAGCCGUCGAAAAACUAGAGUUGGCUCGGUCUGAAGCAAAGGAAUCAGGGGAGAGACUCGAGGAGGAGAAAGCCGCUUUGGAAGAAGCUGAGAAGCAGUCCGAGGCUGCUCAGGCUGCACUUAAGGAGCACGAGGUUGCCAGAUUAUGGGUUUUGAACUUGUUAGCCACCAAAGGGCAGGAUCUACCCAAUGAUUUCUGUAGCAUCGCUUCCAAUGCGGCUUGUGAUCAACUGGAUUUAGCUCGGACUAAUGCAAAUAACGCAACCCUAAGACUCGAGUCAGCUAAAGCUUCAUUGAAGAUAGUUGAGGAGAAUGCCAAGGCUGCUCAAGAUGCUGUGGACAAGUCCGAGGAAGUUGCAUCCCGGGCAAUCAAGUCCGCGAUCGAAAUCAUUGAUGCUGAAUUGGACUCCCUUUUUUAG